AUGCCUGCAUCUCAAGCCAAGUACAGCUAUUCGAUAAAGAGGCGGGCGAAGCCGGGCGGCGGCGGCACAAACAUGACAACGAACCGGGAUUAUUCCGUUAAUCUGUCGGUGCAGCAAGUGCUGAGCCUUUGGGUGCACGGCACGACACUGCAGCACUUCACAGAGAUGUGGUACUGGGUGUUCCUGUGGUGUCUCUUCUCCUCGCUCUUCCUCCACGGGGCGGUGGGGCUGCUCAUGUUGGUCAUGCUGCAACGCCACAAGAGGGGCCGCCUCAUCACCGUGGUGCUGGUCAGCGCGGGUUUCCUGGCCUCCCUCUCCGGAGGCGUCAUCACCAGUGCGGCGGUGGCGGGGGUGUACCGCGUGGCGGGGAAGGACAUGGCGCCGCUGGAAGCCCUGUUGUUGGGCGUGGGCCAGACCUGCCUCUCCAUCAUCAUAUCCUUCUCACGCGUCCUCGCCACUCUCUGAGGCGGAAGCUGCAGGCGCUGAGGCCACAGCGAGCCAAGUCGAGGCCAAUCAAGGCCGAUGGAGAGACUUUUGUUUCCCGGUGGUUUCGCAGCUGGAAGAGGAGGCAGGAAAUGCUCUGGACCUUUUUCCUUCUCCUGGACUUGAAAGCAAUGUUGUUGUUUUUUCCGGGUGUUUCCAGAGUUGCAUCACUUCUUCGUGCCAACAGCCUUCUCUGGGACAUCCAGAUGCCUUUUUAUGGCCACUGACUCUUGAAGGAUUUCUGUUGCACCUUUGGGUUGGGGGGAGGGGGAGGGCACCUCUUUUUAAAAAGGGAAAAAGAAACAGCAGAGUGACGAACCUGUAACGAUGAUCUCCUUCGAACAAAAGCAAUGAGCAAUGAGUGGUGAUCAGGGAGGGACAACCCGGCGUUGGAUCACCAGCGAAGAACACCAUGUUUCUUCAGUAUUGAACAUCAGCCUCACCUCAAGGCCUUCACAACGUUCAUUCCUUUUUCUUUCUUUUUUUUUUUUAAAGCUGCGCCGUCCGAGACGCAGCUUUGAGUUUAGCACUUUGUAAAUGUUUGAGACGCCCUACGCCUAACGUGGCGGGGAAUCAGUGGACGUGGAGGAGAGGGGAAAAAAACCAGCAUCGCCGCUUUGUUCGGCCUGAAAUAUUGAUGUGUGUCUACCUGUGUGCCAAGGAGAAACCCAGAUUGGAGUUUAAGGAACACUUCGACACGUCUGGGAAAAUAGCCUCGCUCGCUUUCUUGCUGAGAGUUAGUUAGAUUUGUACGUUUUGUACGGCAAAUAUGAAGCUAGAGAGUUAGCUUAGCUUAGCAUAGGGACUGGAAACGGAGGGGAACAGCUAGCCAGGCUCUCUCCGAUGGCAACAACAAUCACACACCUCGCUUGUUGAGUCUAAAAUCAGCGUUUUGUCAUUUUAUCGUAGUUUUAUGCACCCGACUGUAUCGGUACCAAUUACAUUUGAUCUGGUUUGGUAGCGGUAACCCAACGCUACUUUAUUUUGGUGCUACUUUACUCUCUCUGUCAUUUCAGUUGUGAAAACAUAGGACCACUAUAGUAAUACUCUCUCUCAGUUUGCGCUCUCAAGUACCAACGUUUGGCACCGACUGAUUUCACGUGAAUCGGUACUCGGUGGUAGCGACGUCAUUCCGGUCUUUACCCUGAAAAGUACCGUGUUCGGUACCCAGCCUGUUUCAAGUCUUUGUGCUAAGCUAAGCUAACUGGCUGCUGCUUUCAGCUUUAUUCUAUUUAUUUGUUUCAGUGUCUUGCUCAAGGACACUUGGACAUGUUUGAGAGGCGGAUCGACCUCUCCGCUUUAAGGAGAAUAAGUGUCGAAAUGUUCCUUUCAAGCAGACCGAGUCGGCCUGGACGAGCCCUCAUAAGGAUUCAAGAUCAGCUUCCUCUUAUUCAGGUUUUAAGAAAGAUGAG